CAAAAUCGUUUGUUUACAUUGCUAGUUUUGGUUCAAUAAGACGAAUUUCCACGCGAAAAAUGUCGUUCGUCGCUAGAAACACACUAAACCGGAACAUUUUCCGAUUGUUGAAUACCAACUUCCCCCCUUCUUCCUACUGCUGCCUGCAAAACUCACUAAAAUCAAUUAAAACAGAGCGAAACUACACUAACUUGGCCGGCUGCACGAGCACGUUACACAACCAGCUGGUUCGACAGCAGCAACAAAAUCAGCUGAUUCGAGGCAAAUCGAAGAAGGUGAACCGGAACCAGCAGGGACGCCGCCAGGACGAGGAUGAGGACGACGAUGACGAUGGCAAGGACCAGCUGGAUGAGUUUGACGAACUGCUAACGGACAAGAAUGCCAAGCUGGUCAAAACCAGCGUCGGUUCCCUGCGGGCGGAUUUGAUCGUGAAGGCCGGGUUGGGAAUCGCGAGGAACAAAGUGGAGACCCUUUUCUACGAGAGCAAAAUCCGGGUCAACGGAAAGAAACUGCUCAAGAAGAGUGCCCAGCUGGACGUGGGCGACGAGGUCGAUGUCGUGAAGGGAACGAGUCCUACCAACCCGGACCACCUGAUCGUUUCACGGGUGGAAAUACUCGCGGCGAAUCCCAAAUCCGAAAGCAUAGGAGUUAGUUUGCGGAGGCACAAAUCCCUAAUCAUUGAGAAUUACGAAAGUGAUGCCGUCAUCGGAGACCGUUGAACCAAGUUGUGUGGGUUAGAAGAAUAGAAAUGUUUUAAUAAAUUAUCUCUGUCUUUAUUGAAAGUUACAA